CAAAUAGUUAUUUACAUACUAUUAAUAAUAUUGUAAUUAUAUAGAGGAAAUAUUUAUAUUAUAUAUUACAAUAAUAAUAAUUAUAACUAUUAGUUUAAAAAUAAAAAAGUAGUAUUCAAAUAUGAAAAAUAAUACUUCAAUCAAAUAGAUUUUACCUCGCAUUACUUAGUACAAUUUGUUUGGUGUUCAUGUCAUUUUAAUGAGAAUAGUUUAUUCAAAAUGAAAGAUAACUUUGAACUAAAUUUCAACGAACUUUGUAGGCUAUGUAUGCAUAAAUCCACUGGAUUGUAUCGUAUUUUUAAAGGUAUAACUGAUUUAUCUGGUCAAAUAAAGUCUUGUGUUGGGAUUGAAAUAAAACAAUAUGAAGAAGAAUUUGCAUGUUUGUGUAUUAAUUGUUUGCAUCAAUUAGAAAUCUGGGAAAAUUUUAAAAAAAUAUGUAUGGCUUCAAAUACACAAUUUCAAAAACAAUUUAAUUUAGCAAGUAACAAAAAUUUAAGCUAUACAGUUGAUAGUGAAAAGCAACUAAAUGAAACAAUACAUGAUUCUCCGGAUAACAAUAUUAAUUUAAAGUCAAUUUAUAGUGAUUCAAUAUUGGUUAAAAAUAGAUUAUUUAAUUCACCCAAAGCAUGUUCAAAUUUCAUAAAUGAUUGUCAUGAAAUGUCAAAAAAAAAACACAAGUGUGGGAUUUGUUCUAUACAUUUUAUUAAGAAAAGUUUACUGUUGCAGCAUUUAAUGGAUUUUCAUAAAGAAGAAAAUUCAUGUGUUAAUAGUCCUCAUUAUUGUUUAAUUUGUAAAAUAGGUUUUUGUACUUAUCAAACCUUUAAUGAACAUUUAAGUAUUAAGCACGAGCAUCUCACAUUAAGUGAGAAUAAAAUUACUAGUUGCUCUAUGAGUUGUGGAUUAUGUUUGUACCAGUUUAGCCAAACAACUAGUCUCUAUCAACAUUUACAAUCUCAUGCAUUAAGAAAAAAUUUUGAGCCUUAUUUAUGUUCAUUUUGUCAUACUGGCUUUCUUGAUAGUUACAGUCUUUCUUUACAUACUAAAACUAAACAUAAUAUUUUAAAUCAGACAAAUUCACAGAGUUUCUCAAAUGAUUCCAAAAAUUACAAUGAAAAAAAAAAUUACAAUAAUACUGAUGAUUUUAAAUUUGCUAUUUCAACAUGCAAAAAAGUUGAAACAAUUGAAGAAAAAAGAGCAAAAUAUCGUGAGCAUUACAGACGAUUCCAAUCUAAAACAUAUUCUUGUGAGUUUUGUAAUAUAACUUUUACACGUUUUUGUGAUCUAUCGAAUCAUGAUCGUAACGCACAUGAUGAAAUGGAUAAAGAAUUUACCUGUUCAACUUGUGGAAAAAUGUUUUUGACUGAGAGUCGCUUGAAAAUUCAUCAAAAUGCUUUUCAUACUGAAAAAAGGUUCAUAUGUGACAUUUGUAAUGUUCGAUGUAAAUCUAAACAUACCUUACGUACUCAUAUGCGUAAACAUAGUGGGAUGUUUACCUGUUCUUAUUGUAAUCUAAGUACUGCAAGUAAUGCUGCACUUAUAUCACAUUUGCGUAUACAUACUGGAGAGAAACCAUUUAUUUGUGAUUUGUGUGGAAAUUCAUAUUCAUCUAAAUUAGGCUUGACUUCCCACAAACGUACACACUUACAGGAAGCAUUAUUCAAAUGUAAUAUCUGUGGUUAUACUGGUUCAAGCCAUAGUUCAAUUUACAUUCAUAAACAAACACAUAAUUCAGAUAAACCAUUCAUAUGUGAUGUUUGUGGAAAAACAUUUAAAAUAAAAGUACGUUUAGUAGACCAUCAAAAGAUACACUUUGGAAUUAAAAAUUUUGUUUGCGAAAUAUGUAGUAAAGCAUUUCUUGCUCGAUACCAAUUAGUACAACAUUCAAGAACACAUUCAGGAGAAAAACCUUUUCAAUGUCACUUUUGUUCUAAGGCAUUUGCAAGAAAAGAUGGUUUAUCUGAACAUAUUAGAACACAUACUGGUGAAAAAAGAUAUACUUGUUCCAAAUGUAUGCAAACUUUUUCAUUUUAUAAAACUAUGAAAAAUCACAAAUGUUCUAAAACACAGUGUAGCAAUAAAAAAUCAUUACAAGUAGAAUUUACUCAUAUUAGUGAACUCAAUAAUAUAGAAAAAACAGAUUUAUCACCUUCUCAUGAUUUGGAAUUUUUACUUAAAAAUAAUAAAAACAAAUAAAUCUUUUUAGAACCUUGUUUUUGAUGUGCAGAGUACUUAAAAAUUAUUAAAUUUUUUUCUAGGAGACAAUAAUAAUGUAAUAAUACAUUUGGUGUUGUAUUAGCAUUUUUUUAGGUAAUUCAGAAUAACCUAAUCAGUGUUAAAUGAAAGAAUACAUUCCUAUUUCAUUUAUUUAUUCACAUCAUUUUUAAGGAAUGAUAUAUGCUAAUACAUUAAAUUUUAGAUAGAAUAUGAUUGUAAAUAAAAUUAUCAAAAAAAAAAUCUAAAAAUUGUCUAUUUUUUUUAUAAAAACUCUAGCAAAAAUAU